AUGUUUUCCUCUUUCUUUCUAUUUUAAUGCCUUUCCAAACUUAUUUUAAACCAGUUCUUCAACUCUGAAGUUUCUUCUUUUGUUUCUUUUUCCUUCAAAUUUGUUGAAACUCUUUUCGGUGAGAUAUUUUUCCGAAUCUUCAGCUUCAGAGAGGAACUGGGUUUUUCUUAAUUCGUCGAAAUAAAGAUUGUUCUUUCAGUCUCGGGAGAUUCAGAAUCUGGGUCCGAGGUUAAAAGUGCCUCAAUUUAUGAGAAAUACUACAAAAAGGUUUACAUUAGUGCCCACAAGCUUAGCUGGAGAGGAAUACCAAAGCCAUACAAAGAGAUGUGGUCAGCCUGCAUUCAGCUGAAAUGAAGACCUUACAGAACACACAAGAGGUACCAUCAGCUUCCCAAGUUUCACAUGAUUCCCAGGGCGACCAACCUCCAAACCUCAAAACUGAGGCACCAACAACGGAUUCUGCUUCAAUAUCAACUCCGAGCAAUGAUAGUAAGAAAGUUUCGCGCCAAGAUAUCGAACUUGUCCAGAAUUUAAUAGAACGAUGUCUACAAUUGUACAUGAAUAGAGAUGAAGUAGUAAAAACCCUCUUGACCCGUGCGAGGAUUGAACCUGGAUUUACGUCGUUGGUAUGGCAGAAGUUGGAAGAAGAGAAUGCAGACUUUUUCAGAGCAUAUUAUAUAAGGUUAAAAUUGAAAAGACAAAUCCUUCUGUUCAAUCACUUGCUUGAGCAUCAGUAUCAUCUCAUGAAGUAUCCUAUGCCUCCAAAGGUUCCUUUGGCCCCUAUACAAAAUGGAAUUCAUCCAAUGCCCGUUAACAACUUACCAAUGGGAUACCCCGUCCUACCACAGCAUCCGAUGCCAGCAGCAGGUCAACUACAUCUUGACUCUAUGGGCAUAUCAAACUGUCAUGUGGUUAAUGGAGUCCCUGCACCUAGCAACUACCAUCCUAUUAGAAUGAAUUCUGGCAAUGAUAUGGUGAUGGACACCAGUGGUGCUGACGUGGCUUCCGUCAUCCCACCAAGCAGUGGCAUGUCUUCCAUGUCGGAGAUGCCUGUGAGCCCGACAUCGGUGGCAUCCAGCGGCCACUUCCCCUUCACUGCAUCGGAAAUUUCAGCAAUGGGUGUAGAUACAUCAGCUCUUGACACGGCAUUCACGUCUGACGUAGCGAGUUCGGUCGGGUUGCAGCUUGCACCUGAUGGUGGGGCCGGAAACUCUCGGGAUCCCCUAAGACCAUUGGACCAGAUUCAGUGGAAUUUCAGCUUAUCAGAUCUUACAGCAGAUUUAUCAAACUUAGGAGAUUUAGGUGCCCUGGGAAACUACUCUGGUUCACCUUUUCUGCCAUCGGAUUCUGAAAUCUUACUAGACUCUCCAGAGCAAGAUGAUAUAGUUGAGGACUUCUUUGCGGAUUCUGUUCCCGGGCUGCCAUGCUCUCAAUCAGACGAGGAAAAGAGCUAAGGCAAAUGAUGCUCCUUUUCACUUUAAUGUUAUACGUAGGAAGAAGUUUAGAUCCCUUCAAUAAGAAUUUGCUAUUAGUUAGCCGUAAUUUCUUUGAACUUAGUUUUUUUUCUUCUAAUCCUCAAAAAACUUCAUCAUUUGAGAACUUGAGGAUCAUAACUAGUUUUGUAUUUGGGCAUGUUGUCAACAUUGCCAACUAGGUAUUCCCUGAAUUUAUUUCUCGAAAGUCAGAAUAGAUCAAUGUCACUUCUUUGAAUCUUAGUUUGAUUAACCAAACUCAGGGAAAGAAAUAAACAACUUGUUCUUGAGUGUAAAACAACAUCAUACGAUGGUGUUUCAACUAUGAUAGUGACAAAAAAAACUCGUCAAGUGGCAGUUGAUACAACUUCAUAUGAUGAAUCUUGCUAUGCUCGUUGCCAUCUCAAAGUGUUUUUAUUUUAUUUUUUUUUUAUGCAUAUACACACAUAUGUGAUGGAAGUCUAUGAAAGUGAUAUUGAUGUACUGUUUGGAUUGUUAUCCUUAUUUUACAGAUGACUUUGGAAAA